UGUAAUAGAGAUUAGAGAGUGACACUCAUGUCAUUAGGGUUUUCGUCUCUUUCACCAUUUUGGGAAUGGCGGUGAAGAAACCGAAAUCAACAACAAUAGUUCAACAAUGCCAGUAGAAAGGCAUCGGAAUCAAGAAUUGUUGCUUCAAGAUUCAAGGUUGAAGAAGGAACCUCGAGAGGUGCUGCUGUUGAAGUAAGUUCAGCAUGUUCAAAUCAUGAAUAUUAAAACAAGGCCAUUUUCCUUUAACAAACGUGAGAAAGUGUAAAGCUGCCCAGCGUAGGCGCCACCGAAAACUGGUCUGUGGGUUCAUCCACUCUCAUCCUCAGUUCUUCCUCAGAAAGAUCGUUCCUUUCUCUGCGUUGUUUUCUCUCCCUCCACUACAACAUUGCCACUGAACCGGAGGGGUUGGUUUAAUUUGCAAUGGCUGCUACUUCUCUUUUCUCCUGCUCAAUGCAUACAGAAAUGCUUGCUCCAAAGACAUUAAAAGGCUCAGAUGUUUUAUGCUGUCAUAUCAAAAGCUCCUAUAUGGAACCUGGUUAUUUAAAAUCAACAUGCUGUCCAAAAUCGAAUUUUUUAAGUAUGAAGAAGUCAUCAAAAUUGGAACAAAUGAAAACAAUCUUGCAAACGGAUGGAAUUCAUUCCAAUGCUUUGAAAGUUGAACGUGCACCUUACUUUUCAGUGGGACAAAAAUUUCAACUCGAUGAUGUUAUUGAAGCUCAACAGUUUGAUAGAGACAUUCUAAAUGCCAUUUUUGAAGUUGCACAAGAGAUGGAGAGUAUUGAAAAGAAUUCUCCUGGUAGCCAAAUUUUAAAAGGUUAUCUUAUGGCCACCUUAUUCUAUGAGCCCUCUACCAGAACUAGACUUUCAUUUGAGUCUGCCAUGAAAAGACUCGGUGGAGAGGUUUUAACAACUGAAAAUGCAAGAGAAUUUUCAUCAGCUGCCAAAGGAGAGACACUCGAAGAUACAAUACGAACAGUUGAGGGUUACUCUGAUAUAAUUGUGAUGCGGCACUUUGAAAGUGGUGCUGCCAGAAGAGCAGCUGUUACAGCUGGCAUUCCAAUAAUCAAUGCAGGGGAUGGUCCUGGACAGCAUCCUACCCAGGCACUUUUAGAUGUCUACACUAUUCAAAGAGAGAUUGGGAAGCUUGACAGUAUAAAAGUUGGGCUUGUGGGAGACCUUGCUAAUGGGAGGACAGUUCGUUCAUUGGCAUACUUGCUUGCCAAGUACAAGGACGUGAAAAUCUAUUUUGUAGCACCUGAUGUGGUUAAAAUGAAGGAUGAUAUAAAAGAGUAUUUGACAUCAAAGGGAGUGAAGUGGGAAGAAAGCGCUGAUUUAAUGGAAGUGGCGUCAGAGUGUGAUGUGGUUUAUCAAACUCGUAUUCAAAAAGAACGAUUUGGUGAAAGAGUUGACCUUUAUGAAAAGGCUAGAGGCAAGUACAUUGUGAAUAAGGAUGUUCUAAAGGUGAUGCAGACUCAUGCUGUGGUCAUGCACCCUCUUCCUAGGCUUGAUGAAAUCACAGUGGAUGUUGAUGCUGAUCCAAGGGCUGCUUACUUUAGGCAGGCCAAAAAUGGUCUAUAUAUUCGGAUGGCACUUCUGAAACUCUUGCUUGUUGGUUGGUAAACCUGCAUAUUCAUCCUCAAAGUGCAUGGAAGAAAGAUACUGAAAGAUCAUUACUUCUUUUGCUUUUAUUUCUAUUGUCCUUGCUUAAAACUUUCUCUCUGUUUUUUAUAUUGUAGUUUCUUAUCUCAUGAGGUAUUGGAAUGAGAAAGAGGAGAGCUUCCAUUAGGCAAAAGUAUUUACAUUUCA